AUGGUGCUGGGUGGUAUCAGCCAGUUCUUCCCAGCCAGCCUCAGCUCCGUCAUCGUUGGAGCGUACGUGAUCGUCUUCGGUCUCGUUGUCGCUGGCCUCGAGUUCCUGCCCAACAUACCCGACUAUGCUUACCGCUACGCAUCCUUCCUCUUCUCUUUCCUCGGCCGUGGUGUCUUCUACAUCUUCGUCGGCUGCCUCCUGCUGCACGAUAACGUGCUGCGCAUCAUUGCCGGCUCGCUUGUUGGCUUCAUCGGCGUUGGCUUCGCCGUUCUCGAGUUCAUCCCGUCCAUCGAGCCUCCCUCAAACAUGCGCGAGUCUGACCAGGGCUGGGGCUCUGAGCAGGUCUAA